UCUUACGCUCAUUUUCACUACACUCAUUACUCCGCAAUGCGCGUUAUUUCUGCAUUCGCUGCCAUCUCGCUGGGCGGUGCCGCGUAUGCACUGACCGGAUCGUCCCACAGCUUUGGCCACCGACACAAACACAGACGGGACCAAACGUCGAGCGACGGAUGGACGAUGUACAAGUCGCUGACGGGAGAUGGCCUCAUCGAUUUUUUCAACUUCGAAGAACAGGCCUCCGACAACCAGGGAUGCGCCAACUAUGUUAACGGGAAGAGCAGCGGGCUGGUGUACACCCAGUCUGAUGGAAAGGUCCGGAUUGGCGUCGACCAGGCGGAGGACGUCGCUCUGCGAAACGCCAUUCGGAUGUCGUCGAACGAGACGUUCAAUCCGUCGCAGAACUUGCUGUUCAUUGUCGACGUCCACCAGAUGCCCAGUAUGUGUGGUGUCUGGCCGGCCAUUUGGUUCACCGGCAGCGGUACAUGGCCUGAAACUGGCGAGAUUGACUUGGUCGAGGGGGUGAACUCGUAUACCCAAAAUACCAUGUCCGUGCACAGCGGUGCCGGCUGCUGGAUGGACGAGAGCAAUAUCAACGGCGCGAACCUGAAUGUCGCCGCCUCGGAGGGCGGCACCAACUGCGAUGCGACUGUCAACUACCAGUCCUGCGGUGUCUCGGUAAACAGCAAGACCAGCUUCGGCCAGGCCGCGAACGAUGUUAAUGGAGCUACGUAUGUGCUCGAGCUCACUACAGACGGUAUCAAGAUGUGGUGGUGGAACACGGACCACGGACCAGUGGACGUCAACUACGGCUUGCCGACCCCGAGCUCUUGGGGCACUCCGACUCUUCAAAUUGAUUCUUCGACUUGCAAUACGUCCGAUCACUUUAAGGAUUUGAUGCUUAUCAUUAAUACGAACCUAGCCGGGUUCUUUACGACGGGUGUUUGGGAUGUCAAUCAAGCAGGUGGUCAAGAACAAUGUUGCCAGGACGUCACUGGAUUUUCUGACGCCCGAAGCUACGUCUUGUCGCAAGGUUCGGCAUUCGGUGACUCUGCUGCUUGGGUUUUGAAUGGCAUCUACAUCUUUACGAAAUAAUAGAUAGCUGAUGAUUGAUUCCCUUUCUCUUGUUGAGAGAAUUGAUUGUUGACAUACCCUGGAACUACUUUCGUAUAUACUUGAUGGGACAUUGAUAGUUUGUUCUCCUUGCGGCCUCGUUGAACGAUAGUACUUCAUUUCUUGCAAGUUCUUCAGAUUCAUACCGCUGAAGUUGUCUAAAUAAUUUUGUAUUCCAUGAAUAUGACACCUGUCAGGUCUAUCCUCGGUGUCUUGCCCUCAUUUCUGCACAGUACUGGGUUGCUCACAAAGCAGUUAU